CCGUCAAAGCGGGACAGUUUACCAGGGAAUAAGUUUAACGAGACAACACCUGCUUACAGUUGAUGCGCUCACCUGGUCAUUGGAUAUGAAAGUAUGGGGGGGUUGUGUAACCAGCGGACGAUUCUGGCAGACGCGUUUGUCGCCCUGCUUUCGGUUGCCGACUCACGCGCUGCCUGUCGAGUAGUGAGCAGCACAGCAGCCAGACGGACCGACCGAGGAAGAGAGUCGACGAAUAAAUCCUCCACGCCCAGAGAUCACCGUCUCUCACCUCUCAGUUUCAGGUUCCCAACAUGGCCGCACAAAUCUCACCAGAGGAGCAGGAGGAACUCAGAGAAGCGUUCGCCAAAAUUGAUGUGGACAACAAUGGGUUUAUUAGCAAGGAUGAGCUCACCGAGCUUUUCAAGGCCGCUAACCUGGCGCUGCCGGGCUACCGGAUCCGAGAGAUCGUCCAGGAGUUGACUAAGACCAGCGACCAGCUCACCUUUGAAGAGUUCACUGAGAUAGUCCACGGGCUGAAGAGCUCCGAGGUGGCAAAGACCUUCAGGAAGGCGAUCAAUAAGAAGGAGGGAAUCCGUAACGUGGCGGGAACCUCAGAGCAGUCCGGCACUCAGCACUCCUACUCAGAGGAGGAGAAGGUGGCCUUCGUGAACUGGAUCAAUAAAGCUCUGGAGAAGGACCCGGACUGUAAACACGUCCUGCCCAUGGAUCCGGACAGCGACAACCUGUUCACCGCUAUGGGAGACGGGAUCGUCCUCUGUAAGAUGAUCAACCUGUCUGUCCCCGACACCAUCGACGAGAGAACCAUCAACAAGAAGAAGCUGACGCCCUUCACCAUCCAGGAGAACCUGAACCUGGCUCUGAACUCUGCGUCGGCCAUCGGCUGCCACGUGGUGAACAUCGGCGCUGAGGACCUGAAGGAGGGCAGGCAGCACCUGGUCCUGGGUCUGCUGUGGCAGGUCAUCAAGAUCGGACUGUUCGCCGACAUCGAGCUCAGCAAGAACGAAGCUCUGAUCGCUCUGCUGCGUGACGGAGAGAGUCUGGAGGACCUGAUGAAACUCUCCCCCGAGGAACUGCUGCUGCGCUGGGCCAACUAUCACCUGGAGGAGGCCGGCUGCGGCAAGAUCAAUAACUUCAGCUCCGACAUCAAGGACUCCAAGGCGUACUUCAACCUCCUGAACCAGGUGGCGCCCAAAGGAGACGAGGAGGGGAUCCCGCCCAUCGCCAUCGACAUGUCAGGAAUCAGGGAGAAGGACGACCUGAAGCGGGCCGAGUGCAUGCUGGAUCAGGCCGACCGGCUCGGGUGCAGACAGUUCGUUAUGCCGACAGACGUCGUCCGCGGCAACCCCAAACUGAACUUGGCUUUCGCUGCCAAUCUGUUCAACAAGUACCCGGCUCUGAAGAAACCCGAGAACCAGGACAUCGACUGGAGCUCCAUCGAAGGUGAAACCAGGGAGGAGCGAACCUUCAGGAACUGGAUGAACUCUCUGGGCGUCAACCCUCGUGUCAACCACCUCUACGCAGACAUCGACGACGCCCUGGUGAUCUUCCAGUUGUACGAGAAAAUCAAAGUACCGGUGGACUGGGACCGAGUCAACAAGCCUCCCUACCCCAAACUGGGCAGCAACAUGAAGAAGCUGGAGAACUGUAACUACGCUGUGGAGCUGGGAAAGAAGGAAGCCAAAUUCUCUCUGGUGGGCAUCGCAGGUCAGGACCUGAACGCCGGGAACCGAACCCUCACCCUGGCUCUGCUCUGGCAGCUCAUGAGGAGAUACACCCUGAACAUCCUGGAGGACCUGGGCGACGGGCAGAAGGUGAUCGACGACACCAUCGUGACCUGGGUCAACGACAAUCUCACGCAGGCCGGCAAACCCACCAUCUCCAGCUUCAAGGACGGGUCCAUCAGCAGCAGUAUGCCGGUUCUGGACCUGAUCGACGCCAUCCAGCCCGGAUCGAUCAGAUACGACCUGCUGAAGACAGAAGACCUGACCGAAGAGGAGAAACUCAACAACGCAAAGUACGCAAUCUCCAUGGCGAGGAAGAUCGGCGCCCGGGUGUACGCGCUGCCAGAGGACCUGGUGGAGGUCAAACCCAAGAUGGUGAUGACGGUGUUCGCCUGCCUCAUGGCACGCGGCCUGAAGAGAGCCUAAAGACCACGACGCCGACCUACCGGGGAAAUAACGGAAGCUCAGCUGUGUUUUUAAAACAGGACAGUUAAGAGAGAGAAAACCUCUGAGUGAGCUGAAAUAUUGGAUAAAAGGUUUCUAACGGGAUACAGAUUAUGGUACGACUUCAAAACGGCAGCAAAGCCUUAAGGCCAAAGGGAGGGAAUAAUUUAGAAGAGUUCAGGAGUUUCAUUUCUACAUUUAGAGGCAGAACAUCCUCUGAUUGGUUCAUUAAAUCCGCAUGUUUUUCUUUAGAGCAGGUGUCCGCAGCAGUAUUGCAGGUUUAUCACGACGGCUUUGUUGAAGUGUUUGUGGCGUCUCAGCUGAUUACAAACCAAAUCACAACUUCUAUGCCAAAUGUACGCAAACAAUAAACAGACUUUUGUAAAGUGUU